AACAGAACAUUCUGUCCCAGUGGCUGCACAGAUCCUAUCUGAUCCACAUUGCAAGCAGUCGUGUGUCAGAGAGCUCUGCAAUGUCCGGAACAAGCCCAGGCCCUGCUAGGGCUGGUCGGGCUACCAGACAAAGCGAGGCCCAGGCUUUGGGGCCUAGCCUUCCGGCUGAACAUACAAGGCCAAAGCUACGCUCCUCUUCUUUGGGAACCCCGAGAUCAAGGAGGAGAAACAGCAGUGAGAGUGAUGAGGAGAUGGAGAAAAGUCUGGCUGAGAUCAGAAAGCAAAAACAAAGGAAUGUACAAGUGGCUCGGGCCCAGGAAGUUGGAAGCCGGCGUGGGGCUCCCACUGAGAAACCCCCCCAGGAAGAAUCCAAGCUGAAUCCUGCAUUACCCCCAGGGAAACAAGGUAAGAAGAAAGAGCAAAAGCCUGAAUGUGACCCUGUGUGUGCAGAGAAUAAACAGCAGCAGCUGCAGGUUACAGCAGUGAGUGAGUUAAGUAAAUGCACUGACACUGAAAGUAAAACCCUGCAAAAGAAAGAAACAUCUGACAAACCUGCUGAUAAAAUGCACAAGUUUAUUGCACCCCAAACACACAGUGAUCCCCCCCUGUCAGACCCUGUGAUGCACAUGGAGUUGGAGUCUGUGGCCCCUGGGGAGGGAGGUGUCUGUGUUGUGGAGCUGGGAGAGUCUGGGAAGCCAAGUGAACUGACAGUUGCAGCAGACCUGCAGUCUCAGCAUGGGGAAUCCAAGAUGGCGCCGGCAAACACUGCACAAGGAGUUGGGGGCGUCGGCAAUGACAUCACAAAGGCUCCUGUCAGUCAAACUGAGCCUCUCACCUGUGCAGGUGCAGCCAAUGUUACAGCUCAAUCACCAGGGGGAGACAAUGUGCAGGAGGAACAGCUUGUGAGGAAGAAGGGGGAGGAGCCAACAUUUAAAGCAACAGUGGCAAAGCCAAGCAAAGGAGCCAUUCCAUGCAAAGGCAAGAUUAAAGGCAAAGACGAGCCAAUCACUGCAGAGGAGGUUGCAGAAGCCUUAAAGGAGCUGCAAACAUUACAAAAUGAAAAGAAAAAACUGCAGAUAUCCAUAAAGUGUCUGAAUAACCUUGUAUCCUUUUCUGAUGGGAAGGAAACUGAGCUUCACAGGAGAAAGAAAGACAGUUUGUUUGAUGAAAUGAGCAGCAUUGACCAGCGAAUAAACCAACUGUAUGGGAAAGUCGGGCCGUGGAAAGAAAUCUAUCAGAACAAGCAAAGGUUUGAGUCAAUGCGUUCUGGUUAUAAAGCAGCGUAUCCACAUCCUGCUACUGGGCGGCGCCAGACCCGAUCCAGUACCUCCAACAGUCCGGCCACUUCUGAAAGUGAACCAGAGUUUGCAAAACCAUUGCCUCCCCGGCGGCAGCAGCAACGACGAGGUGACAGAGUCAAUUGGCAGAACAUGACUUUUGAUGAGAAGGAGAUUCAGGAGCAAGAAAAGAAGAAAAAAGAACAGAAAAGCUUCAAGGUAAAUCUGCCACAAACCAGCACAAGACCUAAGCUACGGUAUGAGGAUUCAUCUCAAGCCGCCUAUGAAAUCUCAUCUGAUCAGGACUUUCCAGAGUUGCCUAAAGCAGCAGUGAGACCAUCAGAAGAUCCAAGUGUCCGGCGCCGGAACCAAACAGAGGGCAAGAAGGUCUCCCAUAAAGCAGCUGAGAGUGGCCCAGAAUCUGAAGACAAAAUGGAAGUGGCGGCUCAAGAAUCUCUUUUGUGUGUUCAGAAUGAAGUGGCUGAGAGUGUGGCUGAGAGUGUGGCACCUGUCACAGAUGGGAAUGAGUGUGAGCAGAUGGAAGUGAGAGAGAGUCAAGCUGAAGAGGCAGAAGUGAGAGAGAGUGCGGCUGAGCAAACAGAAGUGAGAGAGAGUGCGGUUGUGCAGCCUGAACAAGAGAAUGCAGCGGAAGAGUCUGUGACUCAGGAGGCAGGGGUAGAGGUGGAGCAAGUUGGUCAUAUAGAGAGUCAGUCAGAUCAGGUACAGCAGAGAGUGGAGGUAGAAUCUAUUCAGGUAGGAGGGGUGGAUGAAACUGCAAACAGUUUUUGGGGAAAGCGAAGGCUCUUUGCAACCCCAGAUGUGUCCCAUGAUAACCAACCCUUUAAGAGGAAACAUUGGGUAAAAAUUAAAUGGGAUGGAGAGAAAGAACAAGUCCCAUCUAGAAGGUUUCUUGUAAGAACAGUCAUACUGGAUAGUAUGGGUUUCAGGCCUGGGGAUUUAUCAGCUGUUAUAGCACAAACUGAAACUGAUUUUGAUGUAACUUUUAAGCUUCAGGAAGCACUUGAAAAUUUUUGGCGUAUCUAUAAUAUGCAAAAAAGGGCAGGUAACCAAAAUUGGGAACAAUUUGUGGUAAUCCCUAUGACAAAGCCUGAGACCAAAAACAUCACAAUUGUAACAAAGAAUGACGCCAUUCCUCAGGAAGACAUUCUCAUAUGGUUGCGCAGGCAAUGUACAGUCCUUACACCUCUAGUUAAGGUUUUUGAUGAGGAUGGGGUUUGGGCAGGAGUCUGGAAAACCCAGGUUAAGUUAAACAUCACAGGUAACGUUCCACAGCACCUGCCCAAUUCUUUUUUCAUUGGGAAAGAACGAGGUACCUGUUUUUAUGCUGGGCAGCCCCGUAGGUGCUAUAAAUGUGGAGCAAGUAACCAUUUGGCCAGGUCAUGUGCAGUCCUGAGGUGCGCCCUAUGUAAUGCAAUUGGUCAUGUUGCAGAUGCAUGUGUAAAUGUCAGGUGCAAUCUCUGUAAUCGAAUGGGACACGUGCAUAGGAGUUGCCCUGAGGCCUACCAUAAUAUAGUCACCCUUUUCCCAGAGAUUGACAAGGAGAUGAGGAAGUAUUUUGUAACACCAGAAAGAGAGACCAGUGAGGAAAGUGAAACAGAAGUGAGGGACUCACAGAGUAGUACUGUUCCAAAGAAACCUGUGGAGAAAACAGUGAGAACAAACAGAAAGGAGAACCCAAAACCAGACAGAAAGGAGAACCCAAAACCAGUCAGAGAGAUAAGUGGGAAAGCAGUAAGAACAAGCAGAAAGGAGAACCCAAAACCAGACAGAAAGGAGAACCCAAAACCAGACAGAAAGGAGAACCCAAAACCAGUCAGAGAGAUAAGGGAGAAAGCAGUGAGGAGCAAUACCAACAAGGAAGGUAAAAAGGAUGAGAAUGGCUGGCAGACAGUCAACACAAAAAAUAAAACCAAAAUGCAGGCUGACUUGUUAGACCCAGGGGAAGGUUCUGCUACAUCAUUCUUAAUUACCACCAAAAACAAAUUUGUGGUUUUGGAGAAGGAGUCUGAGACCUGGGGAGACAGAACUGAAAGAGAGGAGCAGGAGGAACUAGAGAAAAUAGAGAGAGAAGAAGAGAGCGAACUAGAACAGGAAAAUACAGAAGAAAUGGAAAUCCAACUCCCUUUAAAAAAAAGAGGAAGGGAAGGGAGUGACCAGACUGUCAGAAAGAAAGGUGUAGGUGCAAAACAUUCCAGUGAUCAGGACGGAGAGAGUGUUUGUCUUGAGGAUGGAAUGAGAUCUCGCUGUGGUCCUCAAGUCAAGCGAUAUGGGGAGGAGGCUGUAGGUUUGGGUAAGAAAAAACAUCCUCACAAGCAUUCAUGAUGGGGCAGCCU